AUGAGAAAGGAGCAGGCAUCUCGCAAUGAGCACCCUGAAGAAAGGGUGGCUGUCAGUGAAGGGAAGACGGGGAAACCUUUUUCUAACACCUGUCCCGUUGUCGUAGCAACCCCGGGGCUCACUGGACGCAAACGUCAGAUGGGCUCCCACACAGAGGAUGACCUCACCCCGGUGACCCCGCCCUCUUCAGUGGACAACCAGGUCAAAGACGGCGACGGUUUUCAGGUCUACUCCCCGUCUGGUCCAAAGAGGCUCAAACGAAGCCCUCAGCACCCGUCCUCCUCCUCCGGCCCGUCCCUGUCGCCUGUUCCUGCUAACAGUCCCGGAGGUCUCUCAGCCCUCGAGGACCCCCAUGCCCAGCGGGUCAUUGCCAACAUCCGGGAGCGCCAACGGACACAGUCUCUCAACGAGGCGUUUGCCUCGCUGAGAAAGAUCAUCCCCACGCUGCCAUCCGACAAACUGAGCAAAAUCCAGACCCUCAAGCUGGCGUCUCGUUACAUAGACUUCCUGUACCAGGUUCUGCAGAGCGACCAGAUGGACUCCAAGCUGGCUGGAUGUAACUACCUGGCCCACGAGAGACUGAGCUACGCCUUCUCUGUCUGGAGGAUGGAGGGGGCCUGGUCGAGCAUGUCUGCCGGGCAUUAG